CGUUUUCCUCUUAAAACACCCGUCGCCUCAAGACAACGCACUCCGCAUUAUGCGAACGCGUCCGACGUCGCUAAUUACCGACACCGGCGUCACGUUUCGCGGCGAUACGUGCGUCUCGCUCUAGCGUCCAGUCCGAAGGCAUUCGCGCCACGACAAUUGAGUUGAGUUGAAUUGAAUUGAGUCGGUUAAACCGUAAAAAUGGUCGGGCGGGCAUAGCCGCGUUAGAGAGAGACGAACGAAAGGCGUGUUGCACGAGACCGCUGCCUUCUUCUCCUCGACUUAGCCGAGUCGCGACUAGUGAACGUCAGCGUACUGACGUGGACGGCUGUGUCAGUGUCGGCGCGCCUCGCCUCACACUUGCUGGGGAAAAAAUUAACGUAACGCGCGUCGUACUCGCCGGUGCGCCGCGCCGCCUCCACGCACAAACUUUGUUGUGAGUUGUCUCCGGGGCCGGCGUGCUCGGCUCGGGACUCGGGAGUGGUGCUGUGCUACCAACUUUUCGGACAACCGUGCGUUCUGUACGCUGGACACGCUAAGACGAUACCGAGUGAUGAAUCAGCGAGCGCCGGCUAAUUAACGAGCUCGCGUACACCAAAACAAACCCCGCCGUUACUACUUGAAUAUUAAGACUGCAUUAGAGUAGAGCUGCAACAGCCUUCAUCUAUCUUCGCGACCUCUACCAGGUCAACUGUUUCAUGGCGUCUACUUCUUCUGUUGGUGACGCCAGUACCCGAAACGGCGGCAAGCUGUUUUACCCUUACCUGAAGACGUCUUCCCUCCACAGGGACUUCCUGUUUGCCAGUGGCUCCGACGAAUCGGGAUGCGAGGCUGAUAUGUUGGAGGGCGCGGAGGCGGGCAGGCACUCGCCGCCCCGGCCGCAGCAAGAGCCCAUCAACCUCAAGAAUGAGCAGGCGGAAUCGGACCGGGAGAGCGGUGCGAGCUCGCCGGAGGGCGGGGCGACGCGCGCGCAGUUAGCCGAGCCGCGCAGCCCGUCGCCGCGCGCGCGCACCCCGCACCAUCAACACCAGCCGCAUCUGAAUGGCUCCAUGGCAUCGAUGUUUCAAAACCUGCAGAACCUGGCGAACAUGCAGCAGAAUAUGCCAAUGUCGCAGCAGCUCCAGCAGCAGAUGUCCCAGCAGAUGUCGCAGCUGGCCGCGAACCUCCAGGGCCUCGCUUCGAUGCCCGCCAACCCCGUCAUCAAUUCGCCACUCAACUUGAGCGUUAGUGCGCCUGGCAUGGGAUCACCGAACCCUGUCGGCAACAGCAACAUGCUGCCCCCAGCAAUGCCGUCACCGAUGCCGCAGUUCAUCCUCGCCUCAGGGCAGCUGGUGCAGGGCAUACAGGGCGCCCAGCUUCUCAUACCGACUUCGCAAGGAAUAGCAACACAGACAAUUCUCACAAUACCAGUAAACCACGUCAACUCCAAUGACCAGAUGGUGAACCUUGCACUGAACAACGGCCAAGUGGUCUCCACAUCAUUAGCCAACCUCCAAGCCAUGGCCCAACCUCAUCAGCUUCUCAACUCCAGCCCUCAACAACCGGCCAAUAUUCGACCAAACAUGCUUAACCCAACAUUAUCAAAUGCCCUGCUGAACCCUGGACUGCCAAACUUUUUGUCCAACGGUGCGACCAAUGCCCAAGAGUUGCUCCAAGCUUUGCAACAGCAGCAGCCGCAGAGCAAUCAUAGUUUGCUGCAAACUGUACAGCAAAACAGUAUGCCGCAGCAAAUGCAAGGGAGGAGGUCGUCUUCUCCAAGGCCUGAGAGGCAUUACAAAGAGAGGGAUAACUUUGAGAGAUACGCCGGAGGAUCCAGGGAAAGAAGUGAAAGAGACAACGCUAGUUCGGCAGCUUUGAACAGUAUUAACAGACUCGCUGCGUCGAACGGCGAGAUUACGAUAACCACGUCUCACGCGGCGGCCGGGCCGGCCAGCAGCGCGGGCAGCGCCGGCUCCGGGCCGGUGUCGUCGCCGCACGCGCAGGUCAAGCUGUCGCCAGGGUCCGUCAAGUCGCCGUCGCAUGAUGAUGGGGAUCUGCUGGCUGAUUCACCGAAUCAACCCACGAUUAGCCAAUCGUCCAGCAACGUGGUGGAUGGCAUCAACUUGGAAGACAUCAAGGAGUUUGCGAAGGCGUUCAAACUGCGACGGCUUGGCCUAGGCCUCACCCAGACACAAGUGGGCCAAGCCCUGUCGGUCACCGAAGGCCCCGCGUACAGCCAGAGCGCGAUUUGCAGUGCCCUGGCUUCGCAGAUGCUAGCAGCUCAACUGUCUUCACAACAACAAAACAUAUUUGAGAAAUUGGAUAUAACACCAAAAAGUGCGCAGAAAAUCAAACCGGUGCUCGAACGUUGGAUGAAGGAGGCUGAGGAAAGAUCGAGCAGCUUUUACGACGAAUCGGAGUACAAAAGGUACGCAUCAGGGCAGAACCACCUCACAGACUUCAUAGGAAUGGAGCCAAGUAAGAAACGCAAGCGGCGGACUUCGUUCACUCCACAGGCUUUGGAACUACUCAACGCACACUUCGAAAGGAAUACGCAUCCCUCUGGUACCGAAAUCACGGGUUUGGCACACCAGCUGGGCUACGAACGCGAAGUCAUCCGAAUAUGGUUCUGCAACAAACGUCAAGCGUUGAAAAACACCGUCAGGAUGAUGUCCAAGGGCAUGGUCUAAACAGCCAACUGCACUCACAAGUUUUGUUUUCAACUAGAGAUGCGAAUGUGAUUAAUUUAUCGACAUCGAUCGUUUUCGCUUCAAAAUAUUUCGCACGUAGAUUCGUGAUCUCGUUUUCACAAUUAAUUUGCAUUAGGAGAAAGUGACUUUUAUAAUAAUAAAAAAAUAAAUUGGCCUUAACCGCAAAAACAUUAUGCGAUUCCAGCCAACAAGAAAAUUAGCUAUAGUAUUAAGUGUGACGUAAAUGUAUUAUAAUAAACAAAUUCGACUGAAAUAUUCGUCUCGAUGUAGUUCACAAUGAUAUGAAUGGAAUGUCGUAGUAAUUAAUAUAGGUCUUUAUUAGUACAAAUAAUGAAUUGAGAAUUGUCAAACGUGUUCUAUCCUUGUCUAAUCAACAGUAAUUAAAUCAUAACUCAUCCAUAGUAAGGAAUCUAUAGUAACUUUGAAUGCGAACAUACGACGAGAUUAUUAAAACAUUGUUACAAUAAGUAUACCAUCAAACGUACGCUAGGAACAUCAGAAGAUGUCCAAACGACGUUGGUAAUAGCGCUAGUAAACGUUUUUUUGUAAAAAUAUUGCAUUUUGUAAAUAAGUACAACAUUAUAUCUUUCGGCGAUAAAUUUGUAAUGUAGAUGUUACAUUAAUUUAUUGAAAUACUCCUGAGUUGAUUCGUUCUAUUUAGCGAAUGUUGCACUUUAUAGUUUAAGAAUAUUGAUAUGUAGUGAAUAUUGUGUCGUCAGUCUUAGUGGCCUACUGAGAUAUAUUGUCUUUAGUAGGUUUUGUUGAUAGAUAGGUACACAUAAAACGGUAUGUAUAGCAUAUUAAAUGUAUUGUCCUACAUUGUACAUAUUGUUUUGAUAAUUUUUAUUUUAAUAAGACGUAUUAUUAGUUCCAUAAUGUAUGAUUCUUUAGGCUUUUUAAAAAUGUUUUAUUGUAAUGUAGAUACUAUCAAGUUGGGUUUUUUGGCGGUAUUAACAUUCUUUGAUACAUCGCAAUUGUUCAUUUGGUAUCGAAUACGCACGUUUUUUCAUAGAAAAUACAAGUAACAGGGGGUCUUGAAUGUAUACAUUGACGUUAUGUGCAUAGUUUUCGGGUGUCGACUGUUAAACUAAUAAAAUUGCCUCGCAUUUGGAAACGUAGAUUUUGAAAAUAUAAAUAGAUUUUCCAAAAUACUAAAAUUUGACAUUAUUGUAUAAUUAUGUUUUAAGUGAUGGCCCCGGGAAGUAUGCACGGAUAACUUUUAGCGAUUUCUAAUUAUUAAUAUAACGGAUUAUCGUGAUCAGAGUAUUAAAUAAUCUCAUCAAUGUAAUCGAAUAAUUCAUUAUUAUACUUGUUUUGUACCGUCUAAAAUGUCGGGGAGAUUAAUCUUUAGAUUUAUCUUAGCAAUUUGGGUUCCUUACGUUGAUCGAUUGUGAACAAACUGUCCGACCCCUAGUCUGCUGAGACAGGUGCCUUAUUCAUGUUUUAAACAAAAUAUGAUAGUCAUUUAUAAAACCCUUUCGAUUUACAAUCCUAGUAUGUAACUGCUGAGUUAUCGACUGAGGGCAAAAUUUUGAAAAAUCAAUUGAAAAUUUGUACUUUAUCUAUGUCGACGUAUCGUAUAGGUUCAUGUAAAUAAUUUAGUUAGAUAGUUUCCACUGAAGACCUGCUGUUAACUGUAUUACCAAUAGUUGUAAGGCUGUAAUUGUAAUAUUGUAUGUUAAUGACCAAUGAAAACCAACUUGUGAUCAUUAAUAUUUGUACUGUUACCUACUACUUAACAAGAGUCGUUAAAAAAUAAUAUUAUAAAAAAAAUUGAACAUAUUUUUCGGCUGUUGAAAAAUUGUAAAUACAAUAUUAAGGAUAAUAAAACUAUUUGGAUUUAAUAUUUAGGAACAAAAGAAAAAUAUUAUCAAAAUUUAUAUUUUCAAAAAUUAUUACAAAUGCAAAAAAAUGUGUAUUUAAAAAAUGGGAUGUUCGGCCAUAAACAAAAAAUUUUCUCUCGGGUUUUUUAUCGACUUACACACAACACUACAAAACACAAACAAUCGAGCAGUACGGUAAACAGUGACUCUUGAAUAAUGUGCGAUGCGGUAUUGUACGUCAUAGGUACUUAUUGUAUACGGAAUCAGAUUUUUCAUACAUCUCUUACUUCCAAUAGCUGAAUAAUAUAUAACCUAAUAAUUUUCCCUAACACUAAAACAGAAAAAAAAAAACAAAACUGCUCAAAACAAUUCCAUUCUGCCAAAUAAAAAAAUAUUAAUUUAAAAUUUAAAAUGAAAAAUCUGAUUCCCAACAAACAUUAGCGUAAUAGAAUGAAGCAUAGAAUGCUAAGUACAAAUAUAAUUUUACGAUAAAAACUGCUAGUCCCGUUACGAAAUAAUUAAAUAUAACACGGCAAAAUCGCGUUGCACCCUGGUUUUCAUGAUCCAUUUGUAUCUAAUAUAAUAAUAGUAAUACGAGAAUCUACACAUAAUUUCAGCUGUAACACAUAUUCAAACCAAACUGUAACAGUAUGUAAUAGCGUAUUCAUUUUUUCUUCCUAUAAUGGUACAGAUCGAACGAUUAUGGCUGCUGGUUUAUGAAGAGAAGCAAAAUAAAGGCAGAUAACUGUUUGA